AUGGGGCUGGGGGGAGAUGCUGAUGCAAAGCUUAAGGAAGCACUGGUGGUGACAUGGCGGCAGGGGUGUGGUAAAGGUCCCAGGGUGGGGACCACCGCUGUGACCGCAGCUGGGGUGGGUGGAGUAACCUGUGCCCCUGGUGUCCUGUGUCCAGGUCUCUGCGGCACGUUUUGCUUCAUGUGCCUUGGGUGUCAAGUGGCUUCUGACAUGAACGAAUGCUGUCUGUGUGGGACGACCGUCGCCAUGAGGACCCUCUACCGGACCCGAUACGGCAUUCCCGGAUCUAUUUGUGACGACUUUAUGGCGACCCUUUGCUGUCCUGUGUGUUCUGUUUGCCAAAUCAAGAGAGAUAUCAAUAGAAGAAGAGCCAUGCAUGCUUUCUAA